AUUACUAAAAGUAUUAGUUCAUGAACGGAGAAGAUUUCAGAAGUAAAUUAAGGGAAUUUCAUUUGAGAAGUAAAGAAUACAGUUCUUAGGAGUCAAGAGUUACUUUAGAAGAUGAAAAAAAGAUGAAUAAUGCAUGUUGUGUGAAAUUAUAUUUAGAAGAUCAUACUAUAGGUAUAAUUUAGAAUAAAUAUUUAAUAAAAGGCAAUUUAGUUCGAAUGAACUUGUUAAAAUAGAAAGAAGUGACAUUUUCUGGUUAUAGACAAAUUCAUCCACUUUAACAUACAAUAGAAAUAAAGGUAUAAACAAAUGGAUCGAUAAAACCAUAUGAUGCAAUAUAAAAAACUUUAUAAGAUUUGAGUGAUGAAUUUAAAAAUUUAGAAGAUGAAUGGGCAAGAAAGAUAGCUGAAAAAGAGAAGCAUUAAAUGAAAUUAGAAAUAUGA